UUCAGUCUGAGGAGGUUUAGUUUCCUCAGGCUCUGGAUGGGAGAGGGAUGAUGCCAGAGAAAGCUGCAGGCAAACACACAUGUUCAAAACUUAAGAGGAUCUUUGAGCAGCUUCCUUCAGCACUGAUAGAUUUGCAAGAAUAUUUGAAAUAGUCUAGCUAGCAGACAGUUUUUCAGGUUGCAGAGGUGCAGUUUUUGCCCAUAAAGGAAUAACAUUCAAUGUGGCUGAAUCGUGAAGUGUUUGCUUGUUGUUCAUCACUUUUCAAAUAUGUGGAAGUAAGGACUUUUGGGACUUUUGGGCUUUCUCCUUUCUUUGGAAAACCGGAAAAAUGUUUCACGAAUGAGUUUGCUGACACCUCAAAGGUACAUCGCUGACUGCCUUUGUUGUUCCUGGACACUUGCUUUGUGGAAGAAAAGGUGAAGAGGACUGACAUAUCACCAGCAUCGAGUUAAGCAUCAGCAAACCCAGACCGCACGUUGUUUAUAAAGGAUUCUUGAGAGAGGCAUCAUGAAAGACAACUAUGGGGGAUACGAGAACCAGCUUUUCAAAGAGGAGGAUUUCACUGGAGAGGAGGAGAUGCCUUCAUUUAGAGGUCGCAGCAGAGGCGGCUGUAUGAGGUGCCAGCAGAGCCACUCUCUACAGCUGGCUGUCAAAAUCCUCUAUGGAUUUGUUGCAUUCCUCAUCAUCACUGUGGCCGUGCUGGCAUCGCUUGUGUUCAGGAAGGUUGACAACCUGUCUGAGGAGGAGUCCAGCUACCACAAGACGAUCACCAGGGUUCAGCAAGGAAUAGAGGAUCUGAGCUCCACCUCUAACUGUUCAGGAUGUCUGGAUGUGACUCUGUACAGCGAGGAGAUCAGCAGGCUGAAGAGAGAGUUCGAAGACAUACAGAAAAUGAUACUGGGACAGGAGCAGGUUCUGGACCAGGCCUCUCAGACCCAGACCACGCUAAAGACCACCAGCAACCGGCUGACACGUGACAUGCAAAACCACCUCAUAUCAAUCAAACUUCUCAACCAGUCGCUGGAGAGAUACCUGGAUCGGGUGGAGGGCUGGAAGGACGUGAUCGAGGAAACUGAAGAGAAAAUGAAGACGCUGGUGGAGGAUCAGUACGACGUCAAAGCGACAUCGCAGCAGGUUAACACCACGGUGGCACUCAGCACAAUGUGGAUAGAUGCCUUGCAGAGAAAAGCCGAUGAGGAGACUCUGGUCCUGCAUAAGUUGACCGCCGACUGGCAGAACUACAGCCGAGUUCUGAGCGCAAUCAAAUCCAACACGAGCAGCACCACACAAACGAUGCGCUUCCUUCAAAACAACAUCGUAGCAGAUCACCAGAGAAUCGCCAUGUCCGCUGAGGUGUACUACGACCUCACCCAGCAGGUGAUGAACCUGCAGAUGCAGCUCGACAAUGUGACGUCUUUCAUGGAUGAACACGAGGAGAACUUGCAUGACCUUCACUACCAUUCCAGGUACUAUGAGAACCGGACAGGUGAGCGCUUCUCUGCAUUGGAUGGUCGUCUGAACUCCAUCUCCAUGGAGAUCGACACCAUCUCCUCCAGCAUCAACGCCACCGUCAGCCACGUCCAGAGCAUGUACAAGUACAUCAACAUCGAGAGCUCGUCGUGCCAGAGUCGCAUGGGCAGACACACUGAAGAUCUACAGAAUCUGAACAACACAGUAUUGUUACUCCUCCACUUGGCCGACACACUGAGACAGCAAAACAUGUUGUUGAAUGUCCGACUGGAUGUGGACGUCAGGAAUCUGUCCAUGGUGAUGGAGGAGAUGAAGCUUGUGGACGUUCAUCAUAUCCAGCUCAUAAAGAACUUCACUAUAGUAAAAGGUGCUCCUGGACUACCAGGGCCCAAAGGGAACCGCGGUGAGAGCGGCUCAAAAGGACCCAUGGGACUGACUGGGAGUAAAGGUGACCGAGGCCCGAUAGGAACCCGUGGAACUUCUGGAGAGGAGGGUCCUCUUGGGCCCAAAGGAGCUCCUGGUGAACCAGGCUCCAGUGGCAGUAGAGGGGCAGUAGGAAUCAAAGGAGCUAAGGGGGCUCUUGGCACGCCAGGACCGCGUGGUGAGAAGGGUCAGAAAGGUGAUGCUGGCCUCUCCGGUUUAGACGGUAACCAAGGAACCACAGGGCCUUCAGGGAUCCAGGGUCAGGCAGGACUACCGGGCAUACUUGGGCCACCAGGAGCAAGGGGAAAACCAGGGCCAGUAGGGGCGCCUGGACCACCAGGAACCCCUGGACCUCCAGGCUUGUCAUACCCCCAUGCCCGAAUCAACACCCUGCAGCGAACCGUGACGCCUGCUAUCUAGGUCCAAGAGACAAUAGGAUGAUGGACGAAGACGUGGACCCAGAGGGCAUUUGUACGGUACAAAGAAGAAUUACUAGACAGAUGAAGGAAUAUCAUCCAUUGUGACUAGAGACACAAUAAAUAAUUUCUAUGGGAUUAUGCAAGACAAUCGAGAACUUCAUGAACAAAUGCGACAAAUCAAAUUUGGGGUUUGUCUUUAAAGGAGGCUUCCCCUGAUAAUAUGACAUGGCCACAUGAAAUGAACCAAGAAGAAAUGUAGAAGAUAGAAAACAGAACUGAACUGUUGAGGAGUGAGAAAGAAGAGGACCUAAGGCCAGAAAUGGUCUGGGUUUGAAAACUGCUUUCAUACAACACAUGGUUCUUUGGAUGAGUGUUUCCUUGUCCACCAAAACCAAAGAAUACCCAAAGACAACAAGCUCUGUCCAUAUAUGAUGACUUAGUAUGAGAUUUUACCAGAAUUAAAAACUUGUUUUGCAUGAUGAGAUUAACAGGAAUUCAAAAAACAUCUGUUAUGGAAGUCUUGUCUUGUACAUUGAAUGUACUGGAAGAAAAGAAAAGGUUGUUGUCAAGCCACCAAAACCUCUUGGGGCGUAAUAAAUAUCUCUUUGUUUUUACAUUAUGUAUGAUGUAUGAUUUUUCUGAUAGAUGGCACUUUAUACAUUCUUAAAGUGUAAAAAUAUAAGGUUUGCUUAUCUUUUUUUUGGCAUUUCAGAGCAGGUACUCUGGGCAAAGCAGUCAUUUUAUGAUCAGUGUUUGAAGAAGUAAAAGUUGCAGAAUUCACGGCCUCUGAAUUUGUGCUCUGAUAACCUUCUUGUUUUACAUUGUAUGCAACAUCUGUAAGAACGAAGGAAGUAACUCUUGUCGAAACAUUUUGGGAUACCACUCAUAUUUGGAGCUGGAGCCAGGAGGUGAUUAGCCUAGCUUAGCAUAAAAACAGAAAGCUAGGGGAAACAGGUAGCCUGACUUUCAAAAGCUCACUUAUUAACGCGUAUCUUGUUUGUUUAAUUGCAUUUGGGAGUUGUAACUAUUUCUUAUAAGCUACAGUUUUUUAAUGCUAAGCUUUGCUAAUCCUUAUGCUCCUUUAUGCACAGACAUGAGAGUGGUAACAAUCUUCUCAUCUAACUUUGGGUAUGAAAGAAAAAUAAGCAUAUUUCAAAGACAUGUUGAACUAUUCCUUCUAAGAGGUAUGAAGGCUUGGAAGGACAUGAAACUCAUUAAAUACAAAAUGAAUAAUAAUGUUUGUAAACAUGUCAAGUAAUAACACUAAAAACACCGAAGUGGCAGUUCGAGUGUCACAUUUGCCUCAGUUUCUACUAUUAACACUUGAGAUAGAAGAGUAAAGACUUAUAAGAGGGUUUUUAGGUCUUAUGAUACACACAUAAAUAACCUUUUAUAUCACAGAAAAAACAUCUUACAAAAAGGGAAACUUACUAUUUUUGUAAACCUGUGUGUUGUAAUGAAAUGCGACUGGUUUGCAUCGAACUUCAA